AUGGAUGUUGUUGAGACUUCCGUCCAACGUAGUCUUCCAUCAAUUGAUGAGGAAGUUGUGGGGUUUAAAGAAGAUGCAGAACAUAUAAUGCACAAAUUGACACGAGGAACAAAGGAGCUUGAUGUUAUAUCAAUUUUUGGAAUGCCGGGUCUAGGCAAAACAACUUUGGUCAUGAAAGUGUACAACAAUCCCUCUAUUGUUAAUCACUUUGAUGUUAAAGUAUGGUGUUCUGUUUCACAAGCAUAUGAUAGCCAGAAGUUGUUGGCUGAGAUUUUUAAGCAAACAAGACGUGAUAAGAGCGAAAUCAAUAAGGGUAAUGACAUAGCUGACAAGUUGCGCAAGAAUUUAAUAGGCUGGAGAUACCUCAUUGUAUUAGAUGAUAUUUGGGAUGUCAAGGUGUGGGAAGAUUUGGGUUUAUGUUUCCCUAAGGGUGAAAAUGGAAGCAGGGUAAUGGUAACAACUCGAAUUGAACAAGUGGCUAAGCAUCUUCAGCACCAUAGUAAUCCUUAUCCUCUUAGAUUUCUAACACGGGAUGAGAGUUGGGAAUUAUUGCUGAAAAAAGUAUUUCGAGGAGAGACUUGUCCACCGAGUCUGUUGGGAGCAACACUACAAGUUGCCCAACAUUGUAAGGGAUUGCCUCUUGCCAUUGUCCUAGUUGCUGGCCGAAUUAUUGGGGAAAAGGAUAGGGAGGCUCCAGCUUGUGGCUGA